AUGCGUCUCUUUCCAUGCCUGUGUGUUGUGCUUAGUUGUCUGCAAGGUGUGAGUUGUUCGUGUCCCUCCCAGUGCACCUGCGAGUAUUAUGGCAGAAACGACGGCUCAGGAGCAAGGUUGGUGCUAUGUAAUGACCUGGACAUGAAUGAAGUCCCUACCAACUUCCCCGUGGACACAGUGAAGCUGCAGAUAGAGAAGACUGUCAUCCGCAGCAUCCCUGCCGAGGCCUUCUACUACCUGGAAGAGCUCCAGUACCUCUGGGUUGCUUACAACUCUGUGGCCAGCGUAGACUCCAGCAGCUUUUAUAACCUCAAACAUCUGCAUGAGUUGCGCUUAGAUGGCAAUUAUUUGGCCGCUUUCCCCUGGACUUCUCUGCUGGACAUGCCCCACCUGAGGACUCUGGAUUUGCACAACAACAGAAUAACCAGUGUGCCAAAUGAGGCAGUCAGGUGUCUAAAGAACCUCACCUACUUGGAUUUAUCAAGCAACAGGCUAACCACUUUGCCGCCAGAUUUCCUGGAGAGCUGGUCCCACUUGGUAUCAAUACAUUCUAGAAGCCCAGAACUUCCACCCAAAAGAAUUAUACUUGGUUUGCAGGAUAACCCCUGGUUCUGUGACUGUCACAUUUCCAAAAUUAUUGAGCUGUCAAAGAUUACCGACCCCGCUGUCGUGCUUCUUGACCCACUGAUGGUUUGCAGUGAGCCCGAGCGCCUCACAGGAGUCUUAUUUCAGCGGGCUGAGUUGGAGCGGUGUCUGAAACCUUUAGUGAUGACCUCGGCCACCAAGAUCACAUCUGCCUUGGGCAGUAAUGUUCUGCUGCAAUGUGAUGCCACUGGUUACCCCACACCCCACCUCACGUGGACCAGGUCUGACAGCUCACCAGUGAAUCACAGAGUCAUUCAGGAAUCUCCAGGGGAAGGAGUCCGGUGGUCCAUCAUCAGCCUGGCAGGCGUUUCUCACAAGGAUGCUGGGGACUACAAAUGCAUAGCCAAAAAUUUGGCUGGGACGGCAGAAGCUGUGGUUACAGUGACAGUGGUUGGUGAUGUCUCCACCACCAGCUCAUCAGCCAUCUCUGAAGGAAGAAGUGACAAUCUUGCUGAGCAGGAGAUGCAGCCUGGAUCCGAGAGACCAACACCCAUGUUCACAACAUCAUCAUCGUCUCCACGGUUCCUUUCCUCUUCUUUACCUGCUUCUUCUGCUUCUCUUUCUAAUUCUGCUUGGUCUUCUCCUACUUCUUCCUCCUCAUUGUCUCCUUUCUUCUCCUCCAUCAUUUCUUCAACCAAAACUCCAAACACUAUCAUUGCAGCAAGCAUAGCCAGCAGACAGUCACUCCAGCUCCACUCAGACAGGAAAAAAACUGGAAAGAUAGAGAGGAGUGGGAAUAAGCUCUUUCCAGCCAACGUGAGUUGGAGGGAAGAGCCGGCAUUGCUGGAGCAAGCAAUGUCUAUGGAGACGAAUGGCACCAUAGAAAACCUCAGGGUGGUUAGUGAGACAGAAGGGAGCGUGACUUUGAGAUGGGACACCGCCAAUACCAUGCAGAACUCUGCAAUGACUGUGUUGUAUUCCAAGUAUGGGGAGAAGGAUCUGCUUCUAUGGGAUGCAGACUCCAGCCAGAACCAAGUAACCAUAGAUGGUUUGGAGCCUGGUGGACAAUAUAUGGCAUGUGUAAGUCCAACAGGGGUGCCUCCACAGAGAGAUCACUGUAUUAUCUUUUCUACAGACAGAGUUGAAGAAGGGGAUUCUCGGUGGUCAUUUCUAAUCGUGGUGACCAGUACUGCUUGUGUGCUGGUCGUGCCAUUGAUAUGUUUUUUGUUGUACAAAGUUUGCAAACUGCAAUGUCAGUCAGAAUCUUUCUGGGAAGAUGAUUUGUCAAAAGAGACUUAUAUCCAAUUUGAGACACUAUCCCCCAGGUCUCAAAGUUUAGGGGAGCUCUGGACGCGAAGGCACAAAGAAGACACAGAAAAAUUACUGCUUUAUUCUAAGCCAAAGGAGGACUCUCAGCUGACUUUUAAAAGCGAGGACUUGAAGCCAGUGUAUUACUGCUAA